UAAUCAAAACAUUAUUAGUAGACUAAUAAUUGGUGUCUAUAUUUCAGACUUUGCUAACAAAUUGAAUAUUACUUUUAUACAGUUAUACCAAAAAAUUAAUAAUAAUAAUAAUGAAAGUUAUUGCAUUUAUCGUAUUGUUUGGACUGUUGGCUACCCUAGCCUCAAGUGUCCCGGCCUGGGGUGGCAGCUAUGGCUAUAAGAUAGCUGCACCACAUUAUUCAGUAUCCCAUUAUGGCUAUGCUCCGGCUUAUGGCUACUAUGGAUAUCCAGGUUAUGGAGGUUACGGUUGGGGAGGACAUGGAGGUUAUGGUGGCUAUGGUAAGGGUGGCUGGUGGUAAAAAUAGGCAUUGGAUUGGCAAAAACAAAAUUGAUGAUGAUGAUGAUUAUACCGUUUUAAAAAUAAUAAAAUUAUCAAGCACAAAUUGUAUAAUAAAAUUGAAUGCAACAAAAAUCACUGCCU